AGUUCUGUUUCUGCUUUACAGGAACAAAUUGUUCCCAGAGUCCACUGUCAGGAAUAUUAUGUAUCAGAUUCUUCAAGGCCUUGCAUUCAUACAUAAACAUGGUUUUUUCCACAGGGACUUAAAACCUGAGAAUCUCCUUUGCAUGGGACCAGAACUUGUGAAAAUAGCAGAUUUUGGCCUUGCCCGUGAAAUUAGAUCUAGACCUCCCUACACAGACUAUGUUUCAACACGGUGACAACUUCCAUUGCCACAGAAGAAGCCAAUGUUGACCUCAAACCAAAGAACCGACAUAAAUGGGGCCACAUUAUUGGAACGCUAAAAAGUUCUGAGGAGUGGGAUACUGUGGAAGAGAGUGAUAGGAAGUCUUCCCUCAGCAGAACGGACUUUAAAAACAAAGGGCAGAUUGAUGAUGCUCUUUGUAGAUUUGAAAGUAUUUUGGACCUGAAACCUUCAGCCUGCAUAGGGACGGGAAACAGCGCACCUUCCUACCUGCAACAGGACAUGCCAACACGCCAAGUUUCUGCAGCCAAACAACAUUACUUGAAACAUUCUAGGUAUUUACCUG